CCCCGAGCGCCGUGUAGUCUCGUUCUGACGGGGUUAUCGCGAGAAGUGAGCCCUCGUAUAUAUUCUUCAUUCGAGGCUGCCGGUUCUCGUUCUCUCUUGUGUCUCCUCAUCUGGCGUGAAAAGAACUGAGCUAAACUGAAGAUGGCUGCAGGCAAAGCACAGAUCGGAAAGCCGGCUCCGGACUUCACAGCGAAGGCGGUGAUGCCAGACGGGCAGUUCAGCGACCUGAAGCUUUCCAGCUACAGAGGGAAAUAUGUCGUCUUUUUCUUCUAUCCACUGGACUUCACCUUCGUUUGUCCUACCGAGAUCAUCGCUUUCAGUGACGCUGCAGACGACUUCAAGAAGAUCGGCUGUGAGGUCAUCGCCGCCUCUGUGGACUCUCACUUCUCCCACUUUGCAUGGGUCAACAUGCCUCGAAAGCAGGGCGGUCUGGGUACCAUGAAGAUUCCCAUGGUUUCAGACACGCGGCGCACCAUCUCCACAGAUUAUGGUGUCCUGAAGGAGGAUGAAGGCAUUGCCUACAGAGGUCUGUUCAUCAUUGACGACAAGGGCAUCCUGAGGCAGAUCACCAUCAACGACCUCCCGGUUGGACGCUCCGUUGAGGAGACCCUUCGUCUGGUCCAAGCCUUUCAGUUCACUGACAAACACGGAGAAGUCUGCCCAGCCGGCUGGAAACCAGGAAGUGACACCAUCAAACCCGACGUCCAGAAGAGCAAAGACUUCUUCUCCAAGCAGUAACAGGCCCAGGGUGUGCCACCUGCUAUAGGACAUUAUAUUUAAAGGAAGAAGGCCUGUGGAGGAGUAGUUAGGAGCUGGUGUUUUGUCUACAUGCUGUGUGUGUUCAGUCAUCUGUAGUGUGAAUAGUGCAAUUAUGGCCAAAGCAUAUAGUUGUGUAAUUAUGUUGUGGUAAUGUGUGCUAUCUUCACCGUCAGGCUGAGCUGGAUGUCUGUUUGCAUAGUAUGAGACUGACGUUAUGUUUAUGUGGAAAUGAUUUCCAUGUUUAACGUUUCAACACUUGAGGAAAGUUCAAAAUAAACAAGCUUUCCCGAACCAG